CCAUAAGAAGCACAGAGAGGCAAGCGGGAGGGCACAAGCACUGCUCUUUCGAGAGGCUCAGGCCAGAAGCGAAAUCGAGCCGGGACAACUGAAGCCAAACACAGCAAGCGCCAUGGCUGCGAAGAAAAGAAAUCAGAAGAGCUCCAAGCAUAGGAAGCAGGCAGUGUCCCGGUCCCGGAGAGCCGAGCUGCAGUUUCCCGUCAGCCGCGUGGAGCGCUACCUGAGAGAGGGCGGCUAUGCCAGGCGCCUGGGCUCGUCCGCACCAGUGUUUCUUGCCGGCGUUCUCGAGUACCUGACCUCCAACAUCCUCAACCUGGCUGGCAAGGAGGCCCAGGACAAGCGCAGGAAGCGCAUCGCUCCACAGCACCUGGAGACGGCGAUGGAGAACAACGAGCAGCUCUGCCCCCUUGUCAAGGAUGACAAUAAGUCUCUGGUUGAUGAGACGGCCCGACCCAAGAAGAAGUGAUGUGACCUGGGUCCCAGAGCACGGCAAGACCUCAACGACCUCCUCAUCCAACCCUCAAAACACCCAUGCAUGAGGGAGCCCUUGCUAUCGCUAUCGGCCUUGCCAAUAAAAUGGUUAAACCAA